AUGGCGCCCGCAAAGAUGCCCUUACGCGCCGAUGAGGAGCUGGGCAAGAAGGACGACGAUCUCCACUCCAACCAAGUCCGCUUUCGUCCUGCACAAAGUCGCGUGUACCCUCGACCUCGGCGCAUUCUGAUAGCUGUGAUCGCUUUGGUGGCCCUUUAUCAAUUCUUCAAGCACAUGCCCACAGACAUCGCCCCGGCCGCCGAACGAUACAACCCGACAAUUGCAAGACUGAGACACCCUCCUCCUCCCCCACCACCCCCUCCGGUUCAGUCACCAGUCGUGUCUAAGACAGAUAUUUCACCACACCGAGUGCCGCAAAUAAACGACAAGGAAGAGUCUUUUGAUGGGGCAAUCAAGUUCUACGAGCUGGCUCGGUCUCUUCCCCGCAGCAAGCAGUCGGAGCACAAGGCUAGCCAUGCUGUGCUUUUUGCAGCAUCAAGCCUUCAUAGUGUCUCGGACAUGCUACCAUUGGCUUGCCAAAUGGCACGAAAGAACUUGAAUCAUGUACAUUUUGUUCUCUUUGGGAAGGAUGAAGUUUCCAUUGAUGGAUUUAAAAUCGUGAACGGAAUUUCAGAUUCCGAGUGCCCAAUGACAUGGCAUGACAGUCGACCGGAUCAUCUGGCAGAGUCUUCUGAUGCUCGCAUGGAACGGGCUGUGCCUGGAGGUCUGGGGUUGAUCCAGGCAUAUGUGGCUCCAGAAGUUAUUAUAACGCAGAGCAAAAGCUGGGAAGACUCAUUCUUCUGGAACGGAGUGAACGCCCAUAAGCAGAAAGCUGCUAUUACCCAUAUCGCGCUCCCCUCGGCUUCUAGAGACAUCAUGUGGAUGUCUUUCAUCGAUAGCACAGCUUUGAAAGUCUGGAAUGACAUUCGCGUUGAUAUGGUGGUUCACGCUUCCAAAUCGUCAGGAUCUUUGAUUAGACUCAUCAGGUCUUUGGAUGCUGCAGAUUAUCUGGGAUCAACACCUAGCUUGACUAUUGAGCUUCCACCAUCGCUAGACCCUAAUUUGCGAGGAGUUUUACAGAAUUUGGAGGGAUUGUCCCAGCUUGCGGGACGCAUCACUCUCCGGCGACGUAUUGACCCACGCUACAUGGACCCAGCAGAAUCGUCUAUUCGCACGGUGGAAGGGUUCUACCCAGUGAAUCCCCGCCUGUGCCACUUGCUCAUGCUAUCUCCUCAGACGGAAGUAGCUCCUUCGUUCUAUCACUAUCUCAAGUACAACAUUCUGCAUUACAAACAGUCGGCACGGGCUAAGCACGCCUCGGUGGAUCUCAUGGGAAUCUCUUUGGAACUACCCUCUACAAAACCUACGACUGGUGGAGGACCGUUCAAUCCGCCUUCGAUGCUAUCGGUGGAUGAUACUAAGAAUCAUGCAUUGAACUCUAUCCCAUCUUUCUUGUGGCAAGCGCCAAACAGUAACGCAGCAUUGUUUUUCGGCGACAAGUGGACUGAAUUUCACUCUUUCUUAUCCAGUCGUCUGGGUGUUUCAGAGACGAAAAUCAAUAUUGCUUCACAAGACAAGAUCAUGUCUAGAAGAUACCCAGCCUUUAUGGACUAUCUGGUGGAAUUGAUGCGGGCCAAGGGAUACUAUAUGUUGUACCCAUCAUUCCCAGGCCAUACGGCAGCAUCAUUCGUCACAGUUCAUCACGAUCUGUACCACCCUCCGGAAGAAUUUGCCCAUGAAGUUAGCCUCAAUACUGACAAGAGACCAAUUCCUGAAAUCCAUAAUCCCGAUGAGCCCCUUGAGCCACUGGUGGAUUAUGUAUCUCCGGAGAAGCCGCUCACUGGAGCAUCCACUAUCAUGCCUCUCGUCGAUCUCUUCGAAUCGGGUCUUCCAGACAUUGAAGAGUUGUCCUUGAUGUCUUAUGAUGGAGAGACAUUGACACCGGAGACGUAUCUGAGGCAAACCAGGGAAUAUGCCGACAAGUUCCGUCUACGAUAUGGGCACUGUACUGAUGACAGCAUAGUAACCGAGGGUCCUGGUUUAGAUCUAUUCUGUCUUGGUUGA